GAGUGCAAAGAAGAAAAAAAAAUGCAGUCACUUGUCCAAAAUGAGGCCUUCCAAGCAUGCCCUCAAGGUUGCUGCCCUACCUCAUUUUUCAACUCUCCACUGCCAUCUCAGAACACAACAAGCAAACCCAGAAACAGUUCUUCUGAGUGUCGCCACAGCUUUGCAGCAACAACUGCAUCCUCUAUAUUUCCAAACACCAAAUUCACUAACCAUGAGUCUCUUCCAUCUCUUCAGGAAUCAUUCAGUGAAUUCAACAAAGUGUACCCUAAAUACUCUGAGACUGAGCAAGUGGACCUUGUGAGAGCCAAAGAAUAUUACCAUCUCUCUUUCUCCAACAAUUCUUGCCUUGACUAUAUUGGUAUUGGCCUCUUCUCCUACUAUCAACGUCAACACCAUGAUACUUCAAAAACCCAACUUGCUUCUUCUUCAACUCCUCAAACACCUCAAUCUCCACCUUUAUAUUCGGAUAUUCCCUUCUUUAGCAUAUCCUAUAAGACUGGGAAUCUGAAGAAUUUAUUGCUUCAUGGAGGGCAGGGGUCAGAGUUUGAGUCUGCAAUGAGGAGAAGAUUAAUGAGGUUCCAUAACAUUUCUGAAAAUGAUUACUCUAUGGUUUUCACAGCAAACAGAACAUCAGCUUUCAAACUUGUGGCAGAUUCAUAUCCAUUCCAAUCUAGUAAGAAGCUUCUGACAGUUUAUGACUAUGAGAGUGAGGCGGUGGAAGCAAUGAUUAGUUGCUCAGAGAAGAGAGGAGCGAGGGCCAUGUCAGCAGAGUUCUCAUGGCCAAGACUCAGGAUUCAAUCAGCGAAGUUGAGGAAGAUGAUUGUUAAUAAAAGGAAGAAGAAAAAAAAGAGGGGUCUUUUUGUGUUCCCACUUCAUUCAAGGGUAACAGGAGCCAGAUACCCUUAUCUGUGGAUGAGCAUAGCACAGGAGAAUGGGUGGCAUGUGUUGAUUGAUGCUUGUGCAUUGGGACCCAAAGACAUGGAUAGCUUCGGCCUCUCUCUCUUUCGCCCAGACUUUCUCAUUUGUUCUUUCUAUAAGGUUCUGGGAGAAAACCCAUCUGGGUUUGGAUGCCUUUUUGUCAAGAAAUCUGCCAUUUCAAUUCUGGAAUCCUCUUCUUGUGCAGGAGUUGUCAACCUUGUACCAGAAAGGCAGCUACUUCAGCUAUCAGAGGAUUCUUCUGGUAAUGACAUAGCAAUUGAACAAAAAUCAAUUCCUAGCUUACAAGAAAAAGAAUUAUCUUCUUUGAGUUCUUUCUCUGGUCGGAUAGAGACCACACAAUCUGUAAAAAUUGAAGGAGAACCAUCUGAGCUUCAGAUCACAGUGGUACCUGAAGAUUCUGUAACUGUGGAAGAACAAAGGCCAGUUGAGAGACUUCAGAAUGAAAAUGAACAAGAUAGUGAAAACGGGAGCUUUAAUAUUGAAUGCAGGUGUUUGGAUCAAGUGGACUCUUUAGGAUUGAUAUUGGUCACCAACAGAGCAAGGUACCUGAUAAAUUGGCUGGUGAACUCAAUGCUGAAGCUAAAGCACCCUAACGCAGAAGGGGUUCCCCUAGUCAAGAUUUAUGGCCCAAAGAUAAAAUUUGACAGGGGUCCUGCUUUGGCAUUCAAUGUGUUUGAUUGGAAAGGUGAAAAGGUUGAGCCUGUCCUUGUACAGAAACUUGCUGAUAGAAGCAAUAUUUCUCUCAGCUAUGGAUUUCUACAUCAUAUCUGGUUUGCAGAUAAGUAUGCAGCAGAGAAGGGAAGGGUCCUACAAACCAAAGAAGGAAGAGGCCAGGGAAUGAAUACCAACAAGAAGAAAGAUCGAGAUAACCUAGGAGUAACAGUGGUUACUGCUGCAUUGAGUUUCCUGGCUAAUUUUGAAGACAUGUAUAAACUAUGGGCUUUUGUUGCUCGGUUCCUUGAUGCAGACUUUGUGGAGAAGGAGAGAUGGAGAUACACAGCUCUCAAUCAGAAAACAGUUGAAGUUUAAUCAUAUAUAUUUCAUUUAUUCUUCUGGAUUGUGGAUCAUAGAAGACUCAAGAGUGUGAAUUCGGAUGAAGAUUUUAUAUAGAUUCUCCAAUUAAUAUAGUCAACUUAUCGAAUC